ACCCUGGUCCAAUAGAAACUAUUGUACUUAGCCAAAGAAGGCACAGUUCGAGUCCAGUAACGUUACAUCAUCAUCAUGUAUGAAGUAUUUCAUUUUAGAAACAGGUUAUCUACUCUCAGAAUGCCUUCAUUCCAUCUGUUGAUUACUUGCACUACUCCAUUACAACUGGAUCUUUUUCAUGGAUGUUCAGUUUGCUACAGUUUCUCUCUUCUUCCCAAUCUUCUAUAUCCACCAGUCAGAUGCCUACGCCGCAGCCACAGGGGGUGAGGUCUCUUCCGGUGGCUCAUUUGGUGGUGUACCCGUUCCGUCAAUUGACCGAAGACUUGCUUGUAAUUGUUAUCUCCAAUAAUAAGUGGCCUCCUUCCAAGUCCCUACCAAACGCAUUCUAAAUGAAUAUAUCUAUUUCUAUGGAUGGCCAAUAGUUCUCUUUUGAAGAUAUUUCAUAAAAUUAAUUUAGUAAUAAAACAAUAACCUUUCUCUAUCAAUUUGCUUCCUUAAGUAUCCAACCUUAUGAAUAUACUUUUUGUAUCUUUACUCAAUACAGCGCUCCUCUUUAACUCCUUUCCAGAAACAUUGAUCACAUACUACUAUUUCAUUUACUUUGAUAUCAAGCAUGGGUAGUAAUGAAGCCACAAUCUCUCUUCUCCAUAACUCCGGCGACACGAAAAUCGAGAAGAAGAUCCCUGGGGAUAGUUAUAACUUGGUAUAUACAAUCUACUUCAUCUUAGGAACUGGUUACCUUCUACCAUGGAAUGCUUUCAUCACAGCAGUUGACUACUUCCACUACCUCUACCCUGAUCGUAGCGUUGACCGUACCUUUUCUGUUGUUUCUCAGUUGGUGAUGCUCUUUACUGUGCUCAUUCUUAUCUUCUGCUUCAGCAAGUCUCAAGCCCAUAUCCGCAUUAACUUGGGCUUGGGUCUCUUCUUGCUGUCCCUCUUGGUGGUUCCCUUCAUGGAUGUUUUCUAUAUUAUGGGCCGAAGUGGGCUUUAUAUUGGAUAUCAUGUUACUGUUGGGGCUGUGGGCCUCUCUGCUGUGGCUACUGGUCUAGUCCAAGCUAGUCUUAUCGGGUCUGCAGGCGAGUUACCGGAACGUUAUAUGCAGGCCCUGUUUUCUGGCACUGCUGCCUCAGGUGUCCUUGUUUCCUUCCUAAGAAUCUUUACUAAAGCCGUAUAUCCACAAGACAACCACGGCUUGAGGAGUAGUGCUAUCCUAUACUUUGUCGUUGGUAUCGUUUUUAUGAUCAUCUGUAUUAUCUUAUACAAUGUGGCGCAGAGACUUCCUGUUAUCAACUACUACAACGAACUGAGAACGCAGGCUGUUGCAAACAAGGAGGAACUCGAGCAAGAACGUUCUCUAUCUGGCCCCGUUUGGGAGAUCAUAGCGAAAAUCAAAUGGUAUGGCGUUGGAGUUAUGCUUAUAUAUGUUGUCACUUUAUCUAUAUUUCCAGGAUUCAUUACUGAAGAUGUAAACUCCGAGUUCCUUGGAAAUUGGUACGGCAUUCUCCUCAUCACCAGCUACAAUGUGUUUGAUUUAGUAGGCAAGUCAUUGACUGCUGUAUAUUUAGUAGAAAACGCGAAUGCUGCUAUUGCUGCAUGUUUUCUUAGGUUGCUGUUUUAUCCCUUGUAUUUGGGAUGCUUGCAUGGUCCUCAAAUCUUUUAAACUGAGAUACCUGUAACAUUCCUGACUUGUCUGCUAGGGCUAACCAACGGCUAUCUCACAAGUCUUAUAAUGAUUUCGACUCCCAAAACGGUCCAGCUUCAGUAUUCAGAGACAGCAGGGAUUUUGAUUGCAUUGUUCUUAAUUGUAGGCUUGGCUGUUGGCUCAAUUGUGUCUUGGUUUUGGGUAAUCUAACCUGAGAACAAAUUGUGAACUUUGCCUUGUAUCAGUUCAAUCAAUUAUAGCACUUUCAGCAGUUCAGUACUGCUCUUUUUGGCUCUCUGUAUACCAAAAUGUAAGAUAAACAAUAUUGUAGUUUCAGUUCUAAUACUGAUUUAUACCUCAGUUCAGAUUUUCA